AUGAGAACGAAGAAGUCAGGAAAGACUGCACCUUCAGACAUUGACUGGGAGAUCUUGCGUCUGAAGCGGCAAGUGGUGAAAGACGACGCCAAGGCUCAUGCAUGCGACCAGUGCAGCGUUCUCAGAAUCAAGCCCCUCCCAGAAUCUGGGCAAUGGAUCAGGAAAAAGGACUUUUGUAGGAUCAACACCAGCAAGGGAGAAAUCAAGCGCCUGAAAGCAUCCGGCUGCAUGUUUUGGGCCAUGAUUCAGGACCGACUCGAUUUUGAAGAUUGCAAACUGAGGCUGGAACAAGCAUGCGUCAAUGUUGAGUACGACGAGCAGAAGCACCACGCAAGGUGGUCCAACACCCACUAUGAAAACCUCGCCGCCUCCAUUGGGCCAGAGGUGGAAGAAGAGUAUCGCCGGCUGGCAGACCUGAUGAGGGUGCUGCCCUGGCGGGCUGCGGCGCGUAGCUCGUCUGAAAUGGAAAUGGCUUCUACCGACGUUUCCGACGACUUUGUGCAGAUCCUCAUGGCCUACACAAACGUGGAUGGCUUCAAUCCUGGAGGUUAUGAUCAGCGGUCGGCUAAGGUGGACAUCAACAUCGCCAUGCCUCCCCAUCCAAAAGGCGUGCGAUACCACAAGCUUCGGUUUCAGUGGGUCUCUUUUUGGGUCUCUUUCUUUGCUUUGGGGCUUCCAGGAGAUUUUGGAGUGGUCACUCAGACAUAUGUCGGCGCGCCUGUCAACCUAACGCCGGCAAGCCAAGAUACGACGGAACUUAUCAAACAGUGGUUGCGAAAGUGUGAGUUCGACCACCAUUGCGGCAUCGAAAAACUGCCGAGCUCCAUGCCGUCUUUCCUUAUCGACGUUUCUGAUCUAAAGGAGGUAAGACUGGUCUCAAUACCCGCCUCGAUGAGAGAGCGCUACAUCGCCCUGUCAUAUUGCUGGGGCGUAGGGAAGCAAAAGAUCAUGCUGAAUAAGAGCAAUAAGACGGAUCUAAUCUCUGGCCUGAAUGUGCAAGAGCUUGACUUGACUAUUCAGGACGCGGUUCAUGUCGCAAGGGAGCUCGAGUUCCAGUAUCUUUGGAUCGACGCACUCUGCAUCAUCCAAGAUGAUAAGUAUUUCAAGGCCAAGGAGCUCGGUAAGAUGGGUAACAUCUACCGAGAAGCUACCUUUACAGUCAUUGCUUCCGCCGCAAAGGAUGUAAAGCAGGGAUUCCUCAACAAACGGUCCCCCACUUUUAGAAGACUCACCGGCCCAUCCCACCACCCUCUGCCCGCAUUCAAGAUAGAGGCCCAUGGAAAAAGGAGGAAGACAUACUUCAAGUCGCCGCUGUAUCUCACACCGUGGCUUUUCGACACGGUAGAGCCAUGGUACACAAGAGCGUGGACCUUUCAGGAGUUCCUUCUUUCUGGACGUCGACUUCAGUAUCUCGGGAACCAGACUACUUGGACAUGUUACUGCGGCAACACAGUGAGUCAAGACUGCGACGGCUGGGUUGGUGGCAAGGCACACAUGCAUCCCGGGUACUCGUACGCCGAGCAAGAAACUUUCUCGGACGUCAUGGCAAUCCUUGGCCACACCCGCAGUGCCCUGCCGGAGGUCAGCGAACUUCUACUGUAUUGGUAUGAACUCGUGGAUACCUACUGCACUCGCAACCUGUCUUACGAGAGCGACCGACUACCGGCCAUAUCGGGUAUAGCCAAGGGGUUUGCCGCAGCUUUGCGAGAUGAAUACGUCUGUGGGCUUUGGAAAUCGGAUUUACCAGCAGGCCUGGUUUGGGCAGCGUCGGGUCCCCGUCACCUCCAAGUUCCUUUCCAGCAUCCUGUACCUGACACCAUGCCUCAGCCGUCGUGGAGUUGGGCGUCGCUCAACGGCCAGGUCGCAUGGACAAACUCGCAUUUGAAGAAGCAAAAAGAUGCGGACUUUGAAAUACUGGGUUACGACUUGGAGCUUGAGUCUCCAAAUGCGCCGUUUGGGGAGGUUAAAAGGGGGGAGCUUCGCAUUCGCGGCCUACUGAUGUCUGUUGCGCCGCCUUCAGUAGGCCAUAAAGGCAUCCUGGUUGUGAUCUUGGGAUGUCGGGAGAUGCCGGUACAGAUCGAUUAUCUGAAUGAUCCAAGGUUGAGUACCGGUUCCCAGUCUCCCUUAAGCGUGUUGGUGGUUGUCAACACUGGUAACUCGAUCAUCGAAGGUCUACUUGUGGUAGAGGAAGGGCAUGGCAGAUACUCUCGUGUUGGGUGGUUCCACACAGAGAACGAGCAGCCAGAGCCAGGCGAACAAAGUUACGAUGAAGAUCCUGCUCUGGAGGGGUCAGCUCUGGGUUUUCGAGCUCAACUCAGGAGUCUCUGGGAACAGAAUGUUCAAGAGGUCGUGCUGAUUUGA